ACCUUCUCCUAUUCACUCUGAAAGAUAAACGUUCUCCCGUUCUUUAGCGGAACGGUGUAACGUAGCGACCUUUUGUUCGAAGUCCAUAGUUCAGGAUUUCGUUCUGCAGGAAGAAUAUGGGAGACAAAAAGAUACUCAGCAUUGGUUUGGUGUGUCUGGAUAUCAUAAAUGUUGUGAAUAAAUACCCGGAAGAAGAUACAGACACCAGGUGUUGUAAAAUAACGUGCAACUGGUUGGUAGGAGUUUGUCUCAGAGAUGGCAGAGGGGAGGAAAUGCAUCAAACACGUGCACAGUUUUGUCUCUGCUUGGGGCCCCGUGUGCAUUUAUGGGGUCUUUGGCUCCUGGACCAGUAGCUGAUUUCAUCGUGGGGGAUUUUACACGGUAUGGGGUGGACGUAGCUGGUGUGGCUUGGCAGCCGUGGGGUGAGACCCCGUGUGCCUGUUGUGUGGUGUGUCCCACCAACGGUUCUCGCACUGUCGUGCUCUCGGACACAAACUUGCCAGAUGUUUCUGUAGAAGAUUUUUCAAAGGUGGACCUGAGCCAGUACAAGUGGAUCCACUGGGAGGGCCGUAAUGCUGAAGAGCAAGUGAAGAUGAUUGAGAGGGUGAGAGAGUAUAACAGCAAGCUGGAAGAGAAGAGCAGAAUCACUAUCUCUUUGGAAAUCGAGAAGACCCGGGAACACCUCUACCAGCUCUUUCCUCUUGGUGAUUUGGUCUUUGUUAGUAAGGAUGUGGCCCGGCACUUUGGCUUUACCUCAGCGGCUGCUGCAUUGAAUGGUUUCUAUGGCCGUCUGAGAAAAGGAGCUACCCUCAUUUGCGCCUGGGCGGAAAAGGGAGCGGAUGCCAUGGGUCCCGAUGGUGUAAUCAUCCACUCAGAUGCAUUCCCGCCUGAGAAGCUUGUAGACACACUGGGAGCAGGAGAUACGUUCAAUGCUUCUGUGAUCCAUUCCCUUUCAAACGGGGGCAGCCUACAGGAUGCUCUCACAUUUGGCUGCCAGAUUGCAGGCAAAAAAUGCGGCGUACACGGAUAUGAUGGAAUUUUACACUGAACAUGGCGGAGAGGUGCACAGCUGGAAUGUACAGACAUGAAGCAUGCUGAUAAACCUAACUAGCGUUGUAAUCCACUAGUUGUCGAGGCAUGAUGAGGUAGUGAAAAAUGUUGCUUCACGGAGAAAAGAGUCAUGUAUAAUCCAAGUCUAAAUCGGGAUGUUCGUCUGUAUGUUAGAAUGAAUAAAUUAAUUGAAGAAAACAA